AUGAAUUUUCAACAACUUCCUCAUCUCUUUCUACAACAGAUUCCUAGUUUAAGAAAUUCCAGUGUAAUGAAGAGUAAUAUUACAAAGGAAGAGAGUAAAUGUGCACAGAUGACAAUCUUUUAUGAUGGGAAAGUACUUGUAUUUGAUGAUAUUCCAGCUGAAAAGGCCAAGGACAUUAUGGUCUUUUCCGCAAGCAAUUAUGUUAAAGAGCAUCCUCAAGUAGCAACCGCAUCGGUUAUUUAUGAUAUACCAAUGACUAGGAAAGCUUCACUUCAUCGGUUCUUGGAGAAAAGAAAGGAUAGAAUUGCUGCAAGAGCACCAUAUGAAACAAGUAAUCGAGCAGUGAUUCUUAAUAAGCCAAUUGAUGAACAUAUGCCAUGGCUUUCUUUGGCACCAAAAUCACCACAAGAUCACAAAUCUGAGUGUAGCUCCACUUCUGUCUUAUUUUAA